CAUGAUGGGUGUGGGCGGAGGGACCCCUCUCCAUCCAAAGCUCUGCUCUGCUGUUCCCCUCUCACCUCUGGGGGCCGAGGGGCGCGUUUCCUUAGGACCCCGGGGCGUGGGAGAAGCCCCUGCUUGGGGGGACCGUCUGCUGUUUAGGGGCUCCCCUUCGACACGUGGGAGGCAAAAGUGCAGAGCGCACGAUCAUCCAGCUCCGGCCGCACUGCACAGCGAGGCCGGCCCGGAGCCCGGAUGCUGGGCUCGGUCCCGCCGAGGCUCGGCCUGGCUGUAAAGCAGAGGGGGGCGAGGGAAGCCGGGCCAGCGGUUGUCGCGGGUAGCCGGCGUCCGGGACGGGGUGUGGCGCCCAGAGCGCUGCUGCCUCUCGCAGCCAGGAGGCUGGAUGUCGGGUUUGGGUGUCUUCCAGAAGGAGCCGCACUAGCGACGAGGGAAGAGGAACUGGCUUCCCGGGCAGUCUCCCCCUCCCCAAACUUUUCCUCCUCGCGGAGGGGGCGGGCGGAGGGAGGAAGCGCAGCCGGGGAACGUGGCGCCCGCGUUCCUCCCGCCCGGGGGCUGCGGCUGGGGUCUGGGGUCCUGAGGCUGCCGGCAGACUAUGGGUACAACGGCCAGCACAGCCCAGCAGACGGUCUCGGCAGGCACCCCGUUUGAGGGCCUCCAGGGCAGCGGCACGAUGGACAGUCGGCACUCCGUCAGCGUCCACUCCUUCCAGACCACUAGCUUGCAUAACAGCAAGGCCAAGUCCAUCAUCCCCAACAAGGUGGCCCCUGUUGUGAUCACGUACAACUGCAAGGAGGAGUUCCAGAUCCAUGAUGAGCUGCUCAAGGCUCAUUACACAUUGGGCCGGCUCUCGGACACCACCCCUGAGCACUACCUGGUGCAAGGCCGCUACUUCCUGGUGCGGGAUGUCACUGAGAAGAUGGAUGUGCUGGGCACCGUGGGAAGCUGUGGGGCCCCCAACUUCCGGCAGGUGCAGGGUGGGCUCACUGUGUUCGGCAUGGGACAGCCCAGCCUCUCAGGGUUCAGGCGGGUCCUCCAGAAACUCCAGAAGGACGGACAUAGGGAGUGUGUCAUCUUCUGUGUGCGGGAGGAACCUGUGCUUUUCCUGCGUGCAGAUGAGGACUUUGUGUCCUACACACCUCGAGACAAGCAGAACCUUCAUGAGAACCUCCAGGGCCUUGGGCCCGGGGUCCGGGUGGAGAGCCUGGAGCUGGCCAUGCGGAAAGAGAUCCACGACUUUGCCCAGCUGAGCGAGAACACAUACCAUGUGUACCAUAACACCGAGGACCUGCGGGGGGAGCCCCAUGCCGUGGCCAUCCGUGGUGAGGACGACUUGCAUGUGACGGAGGAGGUGUACAAGCGGCCCCUCUUCCUGCAGCCCACCUACAGGUACCACCGCCUGCCCCUGCCCGAGCAAGGGAGUCCCCUGGAGACCCAGUUGGACGCCUUUGUCAGUGUUCUCCGGGAGACCCCCAGCCUGCUGCAGCUCCGCGAUGCCCACGGGCCUCCCCCAGCCCUCGUCUUCAGCUGCCAGAUGGGUGUGGGCAGGACCAACCUGGGCAUGGUCCUGGGCACCCUCAUCCUGCUUCACCGCAGUGGGACCACCUCCCAGCCAGAGGCUGCCCCCACGCAGGCCAAGCCCCUGCCUAUGGAGCAGUUCCAGGUGAUCCAGAGCUUUCUCCGCAUGGUGCCCCAGGGAAGGAGGAUGGUGGAAGAGGUGGACAGAGCCAUCACUGCCUGUGCCGAGUUGCAUGACCUGAAAGAAGUGGUCUUGGAAAACCAGAAGAAGUUAGAAGGUAUCCGACCGGAGAGCCCAGCCCAGGGAAGCGGCAGUCAACACAGCAUCUGGCAGAGGGCGCUGCGGAGCCUGGAGCGAUACUUCUACCUGAUCCUGUUUAACUACUACCUUCAUGAGCAGUACCCGCUGGCCUUUGCCCUCAGUUUCAGCCGCUGGCUGUGUGCCCACCCUGAGCUGUACCGCCUGCCCGUGACGCUGAGCUCAGCAGGCCCUGUGGCUCCGAGGGACCUCAUCGCCAGGGGCUCCCUGCGGGAGGACGAUCUGGUCUCCCCGGACGCGCUCAGCACUGUCAGAGAGAUGGAUGUGGCCAACUUCCGGCGGGUGCCCCGCAUGCCCAUCUACGGCACGGCCCAGCCCAGCGCCAAGGCCCUGGGGAGCAUCCUGGCCUACCUGACGGACGCCAAGAGGAGGCUGCGGAAGGUUGUCUGGGUGAGCCUUCGGGAGGAGGCCGUGUUGGAGUGUGACGGGCACACCCACAGCCUGCGGUGGCCUGGGCCCCCUGUGGCUCCUAACCAGCUGGAGACCCUGGAGGCCCAGCUGAAGGCCCAUCUAAGCGAGCCUCCCCCAGGCAAGGAGGGCCCCCCGACCUACAGGUUCCAGACCUGCCUCACCAUGCAGGAGAUCUUCAGCCAGCACCGCAGGGCCUGUCCUGGCCUCACCUACCACCGCAUCCCCAUGCCGGACUUCUGUGCCCCCCGAGAGGAGGACUUUGACCAGCUGCUGGAAGCCCUGCGGGCCGCCCUCUCCAAGGACCCAGGCACUGGCUUCGUGUUCAGCUGCCUCAGCGGCCAGGGUCGUACCACGACUGCGAUGGUGGUGGCUGUCCUGGCCUUCUGGCACAUCCAAGGCUUCCCCGAGGUGGGUGAGGAGGAGCUCGUGAGUGUGCCUGAUGCCAAGUUCACUAAGGGUGAAUUUCAGGUAGUAAUGAAGGUGGUGCAGCUGCUACCCGAUGGGCACCGUGUGAAGAAGGAGGUGGACGCGGCGCUGGACACUGUCAGCGAGACCAUGACGCCCAUGCACUACCACCUGCGGGAGAUCAUCAUCUGCACCUACCGCCAGGCGAAGGCAGCGAAAGAGGCGCAGGAAAUGCGGAGCCUGCAGCUGCGGAGCCUGCAGUACUUGGAGCGCUAUGUCUGCCUGAUUCUCUUCAACGCGUACCUCCACCUGGAGAAGGCCGACUCCUGGCAGAGGCCCUUCAGCACCUGGAUGCAGGAGAUGAAAUCUUUUUCUGUCGCCCAGGCUGGAGUCCAGUGGCGCGAUCUUGGCUUGCUGCAACCUCCACCUCCUGGGUUCAAGCGAUUCUCUGGCCUCAGCCUCCCAAGCAGCUGGGAUUUUAGGCACGCACCACCACACCCAGCUAAUUUUUGUAUUUUUAAUAGAGACAAGGUUUCGCCAUGUUGGCCAGACUGGUCUCAAACUCCUGACCUCAGGUGAUCCACCUGCUUUGGCCUCCCAAAGUGCUGGGAUUACAGGUGUCAGCCACUGCGCCUGGCCACUAGUGAUGUUUUGAUACAUUCUUUGUUAUGUCUCUUUCUUAAAUACCAGUACAUAUUGCUGAAUUAUAAUAUUAAAAAAUGAGUUAAUAUACAUGCAACCUUUAGGACAGUGCCUGACAGUGCCUGUGAGUAUACAAUCAGUUUUAGCUGACUUUGCCCAGUCUCUCUCUCCAAGCCCUGUGGGUGCUCAGAAGGAGUCCCCCAUUGACCUACAUGUGUGGUCACUGUCAUGUGGCAUCCUCAUUGCUUCCAGGACUUCAGACAUCCCUGACCCUACCCCCACCCCCAUUUCAGGUGCCCAGGCUGUGCCGUGUCAGGCGGGACUUGACCUUGGGUCUGUGCCUACUUUUAACCAAGGAUUUGGCCAGGUCCCUGGUUAAGCCUCCACCCUGUCUUCCCUGCUGCCCUGGUGGAGACCCGGUACCCCAGGCUAGCAGCCUUGAUAUGCCUGGCUCCCACUCCCUUAAGACAUGUUCUUUCCUGGAAGCCCCUCAAUCUUCUGGGGGUCCUGUCACACCAGUUUGCCCAGACAAGGCGGGCCUUAGCUGGGUCCACCUGGGACGUGCACCCCUUAGUGUGGUGAUGAGUGCCCUUAGUGUUCUGUGUAUAAGGGGACAUGUGCAAGGGGGAGGUCUGUGCAUGUCAGCUGUGGGCAGUGAUGCAGCAGAUCACUGCAAAAUUGGGCAUCUACACAGACCAGGCACCAUGCCAGGCACCAGGGAGCUGUGGACGGGGACAGCCUGCCUUCCAGGAGCUGGUGGCACUGCAAGGACAAGAGAGAAUGAACAAAUCAUUUUCACCAGGUGUCGUGAGAGCUAGGGUGGGGCAGGGUUUGGAGAACAGUGGCGGUGUGAUAGGCCAGAACCAGCCAGGACCCCACUUCCCUCUCUUCUGGAGCUUCUAGAACAAGGAACCAGCGAUGUUGUGGACCCAGGGGGAGCCAGGGGGCCUGUGGUGUCGGGUGGGACCACCGCACCCCGGAAACCAUAUAGCAUUGAUGGUCUGAGCUCUUCUUAAUCUCUGCACCCGCUCUCCCAUCCUUUAGCCAGACUUGAGAUCUGGCCAGACCCUGAGAAGGGCCCAUCCACAAAGGGCCUUUGGUUUCUCUACUUGUCACAAGAACUGGUUUUGGAUGAACAGGAAGAAUGAAGCCGCCCACCGGCCAUCGCCUGCCUGGUCCUUUCUUGUGGUGUUCAGUGUGGAAACCUCAAACUGUAUCUGCAGAAUUGGCACGCAUGUAUUGUAACUGGUUUUCUCUUACAAAAAGCUGUUCGUCUUUUAUUCAUACAAGUACAGUGUAACCAUCCACUAGUUGUGAAAAUUCAACCAGUAUCUUUAUCUCCCUCCCUGUUCUCACUCCUACUCCCUGGGCUCUGGUUUUAAAAGGUAUCACUGUGACCCAUGCAGCCCCGUGGGUGGUUGGGCCUUUCUCCUCUCUGUGCUGUCCCUGGCUGUGUGGCAUCCCCGCCUGCUUCUCUGGCCACCUAAUACUGUGUGCUACACACACCCCUUUCUGCUCAGCCAGCAAGCGUGGUUUCAGCAUCCAUCCACACAGUGAAGCAGUUCAAAAGAGCUUGGGUAAAUCACACCGCCUCUCUGAGACACAAUGUCCUCAAUUGUAAGUGGGAUUAAAAUGCUUAUUUUGGGCCGGACGUGGUGGCUCAUGCCUGUAAUCCCAGCACUUUGGGAGGCCGAGGUGAGUGAAUCACCUGAGGUCAAGAGUUCGAGAUCAGCCUGGAUAACAUGGUGAAACCCCAUCUCUACUAAAACUACAAAAGUUAACUGGGCAUGAUGGUGGGUGCCUGUAAUCCCUGCUACUCGGGAGGUUGAGGCAGGAGAAUCACUUGAACCUGGGAGGCGGAGGUUGCAGUGAGCCGAGAUCAUGCCACUGCACUCCAGCCUGGGAGACAGAGUGAGACUCCAUCUCAAAAAAAAAGAAAAAGAAAAAAAUGCUUAUUUUAUAGGGUAAGUGGAAGGAUCAGAGUUAAUGGCCAUGAAGUUCCUAUUGCUGGGCCUUACACACAGCAGGUACUCACUGCAGGAAUUGUCUUGUUCUGUAGAGUAUGUUAUUAGGAGCCCUGGAGCAGAAGAGUCCAUCUGAGGAGUAUCUGAGUUAGUGGUAUGGAAGUGACAUUACUCAUGAGUGAUGGCAGGGGGUCAGGGGCAGAGGGCACCACUGGCUCUCGGAAUGCAGCACCUCAGCUUGGGUGUCCUCUGGCACUAGAGGAGCCAGUAAGAGGCAUGAAGGCAUUUCUUAGUAUUUCUUGGGGGAAGCCAUGCAGAAUUCUCUAAAGAUGAGAGCAGAGGUGGGGUUGGUGGGUCAGGGAGAGUCGUUGGGAAGGACUAACUUGGUGGUUUCCCAGAGGAAGCCAACAGCGGGAGAACCCUUGGCACAUCGGCCCUGGGAGAGUGUAGCAGGAAUUUCCAUAAAUGUGUUCGGUUGGGUUAGGGCAGACAGCCUGGCUUCCAGAAAACCUGCCUGCUUUGCAUUGCUCAGUACAGCAGGUUUGGGACAGGAAGCUCCAGAGUGACUUUAAUUCUAGAGCCUGCUGGGGACCUUGACCAGUCACUGCCUUCUCUGGGUGGUGUCCCUUCCUUGGCAAUAGCAGACUGAUCCUUCCCCCUCUUGCCUCUACGUAGCCUGAGGGAAAAGGAGAAAAAGCACUUCUCCCUCUCCACCUUGGCCUAAAGGAGGGCAGGACAGAUGCCAGGGUCUGUUGCGCACUGACUGUGUGCUGAGGCCUGCACUAAGUUCUUUACACACAACAUUGAAAACGGGCUAAUUCCAUCAGGUCUACCUGCCCUGCUUGCUUUGGGUUGCUUUUUUAAUUCUCCCCCUCCCAAGCUUUUUCUAUGAAGCUGAAGGCUGUGGUAGCUGAAGGCCUCACCGCUGAACACUGGAACUUAACCUUCACUGGCUACUUUAUAGAUAACAUUCAUAGGUCACCAUGGUAAUAUUCACUUCAGUGUUUUUCAGGAACUUGGCCAGCGCCUGUCUAGUUCAAACUAGCUGAGACCCCGAUCCUUCAUCCUAGACUGCCCAAGUGCCUAAGGGGUGGCCUUUUGAAGUCAGAGGGCCGACAACUCCACCCUCAGAUCAUGCAAAUGCCACCAUUUUUGUUACAUGUGCCCUGUGAAGUGCCGUGAAGCCUGACUACCCUUGCUCAGGAGGAACCUGUCACUUCAUUUUUUUCCCACUGCCAAUCACCUGUCCCCAUGAUUUAGAUCAUCCCACUUCCCUUACCUGUAAAUAUCCUUAAGCCUUAUCCUCAAGGGUCGGGUGGGGGUGGUUUUGAGAGCUGUUCUCCCACCUCCUCAUGUAUUGCCCUUGCAAAUAAAUCUUUCUCUUUUGCAAAACCCAUGUCAUCAUGAUUUAUUCACUGUGCAGAGGCAGAAUGAACCUGGACCUAGCCAAUCUUACUUAACAAUUUUUGUAUUUUUAGUAGAGGCGGGUUUUCACCAU